GCCUUAAAGUACCCUCUCUUUCAUUUUCUUUUCUUUUUUAAAUCUGCAAAACCAUCUGCUGUCUUCCAUCGGCGCCAUCACUGCAACGGUUUUAGGUCUUCUCGCCUCGAGAAAAGAAAAAAAUCAGCUCUCAUGGCGUCGAAAACUGCUAUUUGCAGGGGAAUUCUCCGUCGAAAUCGUGGACUCGGCGCCCGAUCCAUGUCCUCCUGGUGGAGAAACGUCGAACCGGCAGCGAAAGACCCGAUUCUGGGCGUUACGGAGGCUUUCCUCGCCGAUCCCAGCCCCGAUAAAGUGAACGUUGGAGUCGGAGCUUAUCGCGAUGAUAAGGGGAAGCCCGUUGUUCUUGAAUGCGUGCGGGAAGCUGAAAGGAGGAUCGCCGGAAAUCUAAACAUGGAGUAUCUUCCCAUGGGAGGAAGCGUGAAAAUGGUGGAGGAAACAUUGAAGCUGGCCUAUGGGGAGAACAGUGAUUUCAUCAAAGAGAAAAGGAUUGCAGCAGUACAAGCUCUCUCUGGUACUGGUGCGUGCCGACUUUUUGCGGACUUUCAGAAGCGUUUCCUGCCCGACUCUCAAAUCUAUAUUCCUGUGCCUACCUGGGCCAACCAUCAUAACAUAUGGAGAGAUGCCCAGGUCCCUCAGAGGACCUUCCAUUACUACCAUCCUGAAUCGAAGGGAUUAGACUUUGCGUCACUGAUGGAUGAUGUCAAGAAUGCUCCAAACGGCUCCUUCUUUUUGCUUCAUGCCUGUGCACACAAUCCUACCGGUGUUGAUCCUUCAGAGGAACAGUGGAGAGAGAUCUCCUAUCAGCUCAAGGUAAAAAAUCAUUUUCCCUUCUUCGACAUGGCGUACCAAGGUUUUGCAAGUGGUGAUCCUGAGAGAGAUGCAAAAGCAAUUAGAAUUUUUCUUGAAGAUGGGCAUUUGAUUGGAUGUGCUCAAUCAUAUGCGAAAAACAUGGGACUCUAUGGACAGAGAGUAGGAUGCCUCAGUGUGCUCUGCGAAGAUGAAAAGCAAGCAGUAGCUGUGAAGAGUCAGUUGCAACAGAUUGCUAGGCCCAUGUAUAGCAACCCACCAGUUCAUGGUGCGCUUGUUGUUUCAAUCAUCCUCAGUGAUCCUGAUUUGAAGAAUUUGUGGCUGAAGGAGGUGAAGAUCAUGGCUGAUCGCAUCAUUGGAAUGCGAACUGCUCUACGUGAAAACCUUGAAAAGCUGGGCUCACCUCUGUCUUGGGAGCAUAUAACCAAUCAGAUUGGAAUGUUUUGCUACAGUGGGAUGACCCCAGAACAGGUCGAUCGCUUGACGAAAGAGUACCACAUUUACUUGACCCGCAACGGUCGUAUCAGCAUGGCCGGUGUUACUACCGGAAACGUGGGCUACUUGGCAAAUGCUAUCAACGAGGUUACAAAAUCUACUUGAGGAACAAAUUCCUCAAUUUAGAGGUGAUACAACAAACGGACAAGAACUUACCUAGUGUCAUGAGUUUUUUCUUUCUUCCUCUCCUUUUUCUCCGUGAAAUAAAUAGGCCUGAUUUCUGUGCCUCUUACAUCUUCUAUUUACAGAGGUCAGUGUGAUAAUUUUUGCUAAUUAUUUCACCAUCUGGAUUCUCAAAGGGCAUUGAUACAAUUCAUCCCUUUCAGUCCGGAAUGAUUUUUUAUUUUUUUUCCUCUUUUUCAAUGAGUAUAGCUGCAAAAGCAGCAGUCAAGAGUACUGAAAACAGUAAUAAUUGCUACUUAUCUUGAAACUGUCAAAGGAAACAACCAUGUUGUGGUUGAACACUAAUCUUUUUUUUUCCAGAUCACCCCACUGUUGUAUCGUUGUUAUUCUUGAAAAGAUAUAAAGGUAGAGAAGAUGAUUUGAG